UAUAUCAGUAAAACCGUGACUCAUAUAACCGACUAAUGCGUCACCAGGAGCUGGUUUCAUGUGGGUCAUGUUACCGUGUGUAGACUGCGAGCUGAACUAUUUAAUAACAAGCAGGUUUUUAUUUUAAUUCAGGUUAACUCGCUCAAGUCUCGUUUACCUUAAUUUAAGUGGUACUAUAAAUACAAACUAUUAUCCAACCAAAUAAAGUACCUGCUUUGAUUUUUGUCUGCUCUGAUAAAGCUUAGUCAAUUUCCUUUCACUUUUAAAAUUAAAUACAAGGCUACAAGGCUAGUAAACACAACCUUUACCUGGUCCACCAAGAGAACGUUAACAUCCUGUAAAUGGGUUUCUACCCAGCAGAAAGAUAUGCAUGUCUCCUCCUGGUAAGGUCACGGAGGCGGUAAAAGCAGCCAUCUCAGCCGGUUACAGACACAUUGAUGGAGCGUUCGUCUACCAGAACGAGGCUGAGGUGGGAGAAGGAGUUCGGGCUAUGAUCAAGGACAGCGUGGUCAAGAGAGAGGAGCUUUUCAUUGUUAGCAAGCUGUGGUGCACUUUCCAUGAGAAGUCCCUGGUGAGGAAAGGCUGUGAGAAGACUCUCAGUGAUCUUAAACUGGACUACCUAGAUCUCUAUCUGGUGCACUGGCCCAUGGGCUUCAAGGCCGGUGAUGAGCUUUUUCCUUUGGACAGCGCAGGAGAGACAGUCCCUGAUGGUACAAGCUUCCUGGAGACAUGGGAGGGAAUGGAAGAGCUGGUGGAUGCUGGUUUGGUGAAAGCAAUCGGUGUCUCCAACUUCAACAAGGAUCAGAUUGAAGCCAUUCUCAACAAGCCAGGCCUCAAAUACAAACCUGCCAACAACCAGGUGGAGUGCCACCCCUACCUGACCCAGGAGAAGCUCAUCAGCUACUGCCACUCUCAGGGCAUCUCAGUGACGGCCUACAGCCCGCUGGGCUCCCCCGACAGACCCUGGGCUAAACCUGAAGACCCCUCACUGCUAGAAGAUCCAAACAUUAAAGCCAUUGCUGAGAAGCACAAGAAGACACCUGCUCAGGUCCUGAUCCGCUUCCACGUCCAGAGGAACGUGAUCGUGAUCCCCAAGUCCAUCUCACCUCAGCGCAUUCAGGAGAACUUCCAGGUGUUUGACUUUGAACUAAGUGAGGAGGAACUUCAGACUAUAGUCGGAUUCAACAGGAACUGGAGAGUCUGUCCCAUGCAAUGGAGCACGAAGCACAAGGACUUUCCAUUCAGUGCUGAAUUCUAAAGAGAAAGCUGCUGAUUCCUCAGGCUCACAGUGGUGGCUGGUUGCUUCUCUCUUCUCAGCUGCUCGCGUCGCUCGUCUUCAGAGCAGUCUGCACUUGUGUGGCCUUGCCCCAGAGUUUAUUUUCACGUUACAUCUCUCAAGAGAAACUCUGACUUCUUUUGUUACCGGUUUUGUAACCACUAGAAUGCACAAUCCUAAGACUUCUUGUGCUUUGUUACUAAUAAGUGCUGUUAUUAGAUUGAGUUCUGCAUUUGUAUCAUUGAGUCUUUUCCUUACAUGAUUAUUUUCUGUUACAUCAGCCUGCAAAUUUCUUAGCUUUUUCUUUUGUUUUUCUCGCUUUCUUGCCAAGUCUUGGUGUAAGAGUCAGUGUAACAUUUUAAGUUAUUGAACAACCAUACGUGUGUUAUCGUAUUUUAAACAGUUUAACCACUCUGUGAACAUCACUAGCAGUUUACAAAAUCAUUGACCCCAUUAAAUAGUUUGAUUUGUUGUUUUUGUAGUGGCACACUAGUGAGGAAAAGCAACCUUUCCACGGCUAAACUGAAAGAUAACAUUGAUAAGUAAGACAAAAUAUAUUUUUCAUAGCACAAGUUUAAUCAUGUUCAAAGCACUCCCCAUGUAGCUGAACCUGUUCUCCUUCAUAUCAGUUUGACUACAAAGUUAAAAGCACUGUUGUGUUUGUGAAAUGCAGAACAUCAUACUUGAAGGAGAAUGAUAAAGUCAUAUUCUUAUGAGUCAUACAUGGAUUUAUUAUCAUGUGUAUUAACCCUGUUACGAAAUAGUCACUUUCACUUCCUGUGUGAGCUGUUUUGUAAUCCAUCAAAAUAAAGUCCUGUGGGAGAAAUCAAACAAA